GCAAAGAGCAGGAAGUGCUCAAAAUGGAGGAAUGGAAUGACGCGCUUCACAACAGCGGGAGAGCGGCAUAGAAAACUGCUUUAUUGACGGAUCCAUUCCGCGUCUUGUGUGUGAUAUUUGAGGUUUGGAGAAGCCUGCUUAGAUUAGAGUUGCUGCUGCUGUAGAGCAAACCGGAUCAAACAGGCGGUGAUGGAGCCUUCAGAGGAGCCGGGGCCAAACUGUGGCCCUCAGGAGGUGAACCCUGUGUUCCUGCAGCAGCUUAGAGAGCUGGACAUCCCAGAGGAAGCAGCCAAACAGGCAUUACUGCACACUCGGAAUGUGUCUGCUGAGGAGGCGGCCAUGUACUACUUCAACAAACUGGAGAAUGAGGAGGAGGGGGACGAUGACCUCAUGUUCAAGAUGGUGUUUGUGGUGAACAUGGACCUUGGCAUGGGUGUUGGAAAGCUCGCCGCCCAGGUGGGUCACGCUGCGGUGGGCUUGUACCAGGCUCUACAGGAGAAGAACAGCUGGAGGGAAAUGGCCUGGAAGUGGGACAGCAGCGGCGCCAAGAAGGUGGUGCUCCAAGGCACCAACGUGGCCCACCUGCUGGAGCUCCAGGCCCUGAGCCUGAGCCUCAACCUGCCCACCUACCUGGUCCAGGAUGCAGGUCUGACCCAGGUGGAGUCUGGGUCCCGCACUGUGUUGGCCCUCAUGGGAGCAGAGGAGAUGGUGAACAAUGUCACCGGCAGCCUGAAGCUGCUCUGAGGGGCUUUGGAGACAAAUCUCUGCAGUGGCACCAAUCAACCAGGAGGGGGCAGCCUUUCUCAGAGGCACAAGAACGUUUGGGUUCCAUGGGCUAAAACCGCACUGAACCGGAACUGAAUCAACCCACCGCUCGUUUACUGUUACUAUCAGGAAGAGGACAUUCCUGAAUCCGAUUUCCACCCACCUUCUUCCUAGCCGGUCAAAGAAGCACUGUCCCACUGGUGAUGGUUAGUUUAGUGGUUGUUUCUGUGCCUCCCUGAAUGAUAUAACCUCCAGAGUACAAGCUUUCUGUGUCCACAUGUUGUCAUCUUAUCAGACUGCAAAGAUUCAGUUUUUAGGUAAAUGAGGAAAUUCUUUGUUUCACAUUUGUGUUCUAACUUGUAUCAAAGCUCAAACCCGGCACCAAAAACUCCACUAACAUUUGGAACUGGCUCUAAAUAUGUCCGCCAUGGAUGAUAUGCUUAGGUCAUUUAAACAUGGAUGUGUUUGUGGUUAUAUUUUAUUGCUCAUAGUGUCGCAUUUUGGGUGCCGAGUUAUGAUUAUGCAUGAGAUGUAAAAUGUAUGACUAUUUAAUCUGACAUUAGAAGACUGUCGUAUAAACUGUUAGUCCUGAUGUUGCUGUAUCAGUCUGUUGAUCAUUAAAAAACCUACAUAAUCAAU